AUGAGACCAUAUGAUAAAUUUGUUCUCGGAUGGUUCAUUCUAUGCGGCUCUCUCCACUGCUUCUUCGAAGGAUACUUCGUGCUCAACCACGCCCAUCUCGCAAGCUCGAAUGACCUCUUCGCCCAGCUGUGGAAGGAGUACGCCCUGUCGGACUCGAGAUACCUCACCUCGGACCCCUUCAUGAUAUGCGUCGAGGCAAUAACGGCAAUUGUGUGGGGCCCACUGUGCUUUGCGACGGCGGUGUCCAUCUGCCGCGGCGGCGGCCUGCGAUAUCCGCUGCAGAUCAUCGUGAGCCUGGCUCACCUGUACGGCGUGGCCCUUUAUUACUCGACGUGCUACGCCAAUGAGAGAUACAGGGGUCUCGUGUACAGUCGGCCUGAAUUCCUAUACUUUUGGGUCUAUUACGCUGGGUUUAAUGCGCCCUGGGUGGUCGUCCCCGCUGCCAUCCUCAUAAAUAGCGUGAGAGCCAUUCAACGGAGUGUUGUUUCCAUCAACAAGGCUGCCGCGACUUUGGACAGGAUGGACAGAAUCCAAUCCGAAGCUCAAUGA